AUGCAGACGGCGUGGUCUCUUUUGCAUCCCCUCGAGGGGAGUCUGACCCAGGUGGAGUUGGUUUUUCCGGCCGAAACAGUGACCCCUGAAGGGAUCUUUAGGGACUGCUUUGUCGGCGUACACAAAGAAAACCUCAAGCCACUGUUGUGGGAUUUCCAAGGCUAUUCCCUUGUGCGUGGGGAAGCCCGAUUAAGGCGAUUGUGUCACUGUUUUUUGCAGACUUCCUCAGAUGGCUCGGCUCGAUGA